GCAGAGAGAGAAAAAAAAUUCCCAUUGGUGUGGUGGUCUUUGGUUCAUCAACAGGUGCUACAAGGAGGAUUCCUGCCAUCAAGGCCAUGACAGCUAAACACCAAUGGAGGGGCCUGCUGGUCCUACUCUGCAUCGUGUCGCAAUGCAGCUUUGCUACCAAAGUGGACUCCUCCACCCAUGAGCAAGCAGUUACCUUCAUCCAUGUCUAUAAUACUGACGUUCCUGGGGGGUCCGAUUGCAAACUGGAGCAUCCGCAAAGUCAGGAUGAAAAAGGUCUGCAGAUGGAGACCACACCGACUGGAGAGAACAACGUCAUUUUCAGGCACAAGAUCAGGCUGCAGUCUCCCACAUGUGACUGUGCGGAAUCUGAGAGCUUCAAGUCUCUCCUCUACAGAGUGAAUGGCUUAGAAGAGGAAGUCAACUACCUGAAAAGCCAGUGUGCUCAGGGAUGUUGUGGCAGUGGAGGUGCAGUAGACACAAGCUGCAGUGGCCAUGGCACCUACCAAGAGGAGACUUGCAGCUGCCAAUGUUACCCAGGAUGGGAAGGCCCAGACUGCUCAAUAUCUUCCUGCCCAGAUGAGUGCAACGACAAUGGCCGCUGCGUAGAUCGCAAGUGUGUCUGCUACCAGGGAUAUACGGGAGAAGACUGCAGUGAGGAGAUGUGCCCUGACAACUGUAACGACAAGGGGCGCUGUGUGGAUGGAAAAUGUGUUUGCUUCCCGCACUUCACUGGCGACGACUGCAGUGUCCAGAAGUGUCCCAAUGACUGCAGUCGGAAUGGCCUUUGUGUGAAUGGCCAGUGUGUCUGUGACCAGGGCUUUUAUGGGGAGGACUGCUCAUUAGCUCUUAGUCCUCAAGGUCUUAGGUUGGUCCAAGCAACUGAUAUCUCCCUCCUGGUACAGUGGUUGCCAGUAGCUGGUGCUGACUAUUACGUUUUAACUUAUCAUCCCCGAGGACAGGGGAGUGCCUUAAAGCAGGUUCGGGUUCCCAACAUGGAUAACUCCUAUCUCAUCACGGGCCUGACAUCUGGGCUUACUUAUUUUGUUGAAGUUCAUGCUGUCGUCAAAGGAAUCCAAAGUGGGGCGGAAGAGAUUGAAGCUACAACAGUUGUCUCAGCAGUUAGUGACAUCCGAGUUCUUGACCGGAGCGACGUCUCAAUCCAGGUAGACUGGAGCAACCCACAAGCGGAGGUGGAUUACUUCCGGCUCACACACAUUGACCCAUCAGGGCAGGAAGAGGAGUUAAAUGUCCAGAAAAGCCAAGAGGCGAGGACAAAACACACCAUCGUAGGCCUGUAUCCUGGAACAGAAUACCUGAUUGCAGUGCAGGCUAUCAAAGGACCGAUAGAGGGAAACGCUUCUUCUGUAAUAGGUUCUACAGACAUCGAUGCUCCAGCGAACCUGAUUACCACUCAGGUAACAGAAGAUACCGCAAUGCUUUCUUGGGACCCGGUUCAGGCCCAUAUUGAAGGCUAUAUGUUGACGUACACCUCGGAUGCGGGCUCCAGUGGCGAGAUCCCGGUCGGGCGCGACAUGACUUCAUAUAGGCUGGUUGGUCUGAAGCCUGGUGUGGUCUAUACCAUAAAUAUCUGGGCGUUCAGUGGGGACAAGGUCAGCAGGAAGAGUUUCACAACGGCUGAGACAGAAUUGGAUGCUCCUUCUAACAUCUUAGCCCAUGAUGAGACAGAGAGCAGCUUCAGGGUAUCAUGGGAAAGCGUCCAGGCAGAAAUAGACGGCUAUGUACUAAAGUACCGCUCUCCUGAUGGCUCGAGCGAGGAAAUCCCAGUUGGGCCUCAUGUUAGCACUUACACAAUAAGUGGUUUGAGGCCCGGAGUCGUCUAUACAGUUCGUAUCUGGGCUGUCAAGGGAGAUAAAGCCAGCAGGAAGGUCUCAACACAAGCAGAGACAGGACUCGAUGCGCCUACUAACUUCAGAGCCAAUGAUGAGACAGAAAGUAGCGUCAGAGUAUCAUGGGAUGGUGUCCAGGCAGAAAUAGAAGGCUACGUCCUCACCUACACGUCCUCAGAGGGGUCGAGUGGUGAAAUAUCUCUGGGACCAGACGCCACUUCCUACAGCUUGACAGGACUGAGACCAGGUGUGAUCUACACCGUCUACAUCUGGGCCAUCAAGGGAAACAAAGUCAGCAGGAAGGUUUCAACACAAGCAGAAACAGAACUUGAUGAUCCUGCAAACCCUUUAACCCAAGACCAAACGGAGAGCAGCUUCAGAGUGUCCUGGGAAGGCGUCCAGGCGGAAAUCGAUGGCUAUGUCCUCACCCACAGUUCCUCGGAGGGCUCCAGUGGGGAAAUCCGCGUUGGUGCCGAGAGCAAUUCUUACAGUCUGAGUGGUUUGAGGCCCGGUGUCGUUUACACAGUCUACAUUUGGGCUGUCAAAGGAGGCAGAAGCAGCAGGAAGAUCUCCGUCCAAGCUGAGACAGAAAUCGACACUCCGAGGGACCUCCGGGCUCUGAGUGUCACCACUGAGUCGGCCAUGUUGACCUGGACUGCUCCUUUGGCUGACAUUGAGGGCUACAUCCUAACCUACAGGGAUGAGGAUGGCAACAUGGAAACUGUUGAAAAGCAGCUCAGAGCCAGAGAGACCAGCUUUGCCAUAUCCGGCCUCCUGAUGGGGAAGAGAUACAUAGUCAGCAUCAUAGCUUACAGAGGCAACAAGAGGAGCAAAGUGGUUGAAACCAGCUUCAAAACGGUUGGCCUGCUCCACCCCUACCCCAUGGACUGUUUUCAGAUUAUGAAAAAUGGCUUUAAGAAGAGUGGCAUCUACACUGUGUACAUCAAUAAUGUUAACUCCAAUCCAAUAGAGGCAUACUGCGACAUGGAUACUGAUGGAGGCGGCUGGCUGGUCCUGCAGCGCCGCACCACUGGCAAACUGGACUUCAUGAAACGCUGGAGGCAAUAUGCGGCUGGUUUUGGCAACAUGACUGACGAGUUUUGGAUUGGACUGGAUAAGAUAUACCAGAUGACCAACACGCCCAUCCAGUACGAAGUGAGGUUUGAUUUGGGUCUCGGUUCUGAGAGGGCCUACGCCGUCUACGACAGCUUCAAGAUCGCCAGUGCCAGGCAGAAAUUUGCACUCACCAUUGGUAGUUACAGAGGAACAGCAGGUGACGCCAUGACCUACCACCAAGGUCGGCCCUGGACAACUAUCGACUCAGAUAACGACAUCGCCCUAGGCAACUGCGCCCUCACGCACCGCGGGGCCUGGUGGUACAAAAACUGUCACCUGGCCAAUAUCAACGGCAAAUGGGGGGACAACAGGCACAGUCUGGGGGUGAACUGGGAGCCGUGGAAAGGCCACCUGGUGUCCUUGGACUUCACUGAGAUGAAGAUCCGACCAGUGGGAUCGUACUCCAGCAGGAAGAGGCGCUCGUUGAAGAGCCAAAAGAUCAUCGUCAGUUAUCAAGACAAGUAGAAGAAGCUUGCCCUUAAAGCUGUUUAAAACACUCAAAUUUGGAAUAUCUACAGUGAACCUGCUCUCAUUAGGAAUUUUUAGAAUUUGGUGUAAAGAAAUCCCACACACGAAGCAGUAGGAAAGAGUCAAAAUUUGAAUGCAAAACUUUUCAACUGUGAGAUGUGCUAACCACUUGACUACCAUGACAAAAAAAAAAAAUUGCACCAAUAAUUUUUAAUAGCAAGCUAUAGAGACUCAAUUGACAGGACUAGCCAUAUAUGACACAGUAUUUUUUUUCUUUAUUUCACACAACCCUAAGGACAAAAUUGAAACUCCAUGAGAAAUUCAACACCCGUGAAUACAUUUUUUUUGUGGUCAAAGAAGCAAAAAAUUCCAAAUGAGAUCAAGAAAUUUGUUUAAUACUGUAGCAUAGACCCCUCCAUCAGUUGACAAGACAACUCCCACAAAUAUUGCCACACCUUCCCGUAGGGGGCUGACCCAGGCAGAAUGUUUAGUUGGCUUUCACUGUGACCAACUGAAACACACGCUGCGUUCUAAUGCCGGAUUUAGGUGGAUACAGGACGAAGGUUUUACUGCAUACAAGCAGGAGUGUCUCAAGAGUGAUAUGGUCGAGGAUUUUAGGUAAUUAUUAUAUUAAAUAGCACCAUGAAUGCACUUUGAAACGGCUUGAAAUAUUUGCGUAAAAUGGACGAUAACUGCCAUUUUUUGCCUUUAACCAAGAAUCUAGACUGGUUUACGUUCAUAUCUAUAGAAAUUGCGCAAUUUAAGCAUUUAUUUCCAAGAAUUUUCAACUUAAAAAGCUCUUCGUUUCGUAACAGCCACCAUGUUGGAUUACACGAUACCGUAACUUUUGCUUGAAAUAUUUACAUAAAAAACUGAAUGAUAAUUGCCCGUUUUUUUUUUUUUUUAACCAAGAAUCAAGGCUGUUUUACGUUCGUAUCUAUAAAAAUUGCGCGAUUUACACAUUUAUUUACUAGAAUUUUCAAUUUAAAAAGCUUUUUGUUUUGUGACGACCGCCAUUUUGUAAAAAAAAAAAAAAAAAAAAAUUAAGUUGCUAUUUCUGGCAAAUAUUGCUAUUGAUCCUGAAAAUUUUGGGGAUUAUCUCUGCAUUUUGUGAUUUUUGUGCAUCUAGCAUACAAUAUGAGAAUGUUUUAGCCAUCUUAAAUUUUGUUAUACUUCUAAAAUAAAUAAUUAAUCAUGAUUUUAUUAUGGAACGACUUUGAAUUUUUUGAUGCCGCUGAGACUCACAUAUGCCUAAGGGAGGUGCCUGUUUUGGUUUUAGGUCGCGAGUGGCUUUGGUUUUGAAAAUAUUUAAAUUUUAAAGUUUUUCAAAAUAGGCCCCCUAUGGAUCGGCCCCGUGUCCUGUCAACUGAUAGUAAAGUCUAUGACUGUAGUUAGCUAACAAAAAAGUGCUGUUGGUUUUUCUUCUAACACAUUUGAUUAAACUGAUCUUUUUAGCACCCAACCAAGCAAAAAUAUCUAAGAAAAAUGUAAAUUGUAUACCGACUGUCGGUGAUUUAGUUACAAAUGUUCUUUCACUGUGUGAUAUCUGCAUCCGUGAUUGACUUACGAAUAUUCUUUCAUUGUGUGACAUCUGCACACAUGUAGAUAAACUAGAAACUUUUUCUUUUGUGUCAAGGGAAGCAGAAUUUAAUUGUUCUCCCUGUUACUCGAAUACCGGUAGAUGAUGAACAGAAUCGUAGUAUUGCAGUUAAUACAGUGGAACCUCAGUUUUUGUGAUUGAUCAGUUUUAGAAAUUCUGACUGAAGUGUCAUACUUAUCAUAGGAAAUAAUUUAUAACUAAUAAUUUCUUUCCAAAGAACAGUGGUGGGUAGAGUAGCCAAACAUUUUACUCAAGUAGUUAGUGCUCAUUAAAAAAAAAAUACUCAAGCACAAGUAAAAAAGUAUUUGCUGAAAAGAUUUCUAAAGUAAUGAAUAACUGCUUACGUCCGAUUUUUUUAAACAAUGGUAUAUUUUUUUCUUAGCACAACAUCAUUUAUACGAACAGAAAGUACUCAAAUACUGUAUCAUCAAAUUCUUAGCAGAAAAAAUACACAGAAAUGAAACAUCACCCGUCCAAAGCACAUGAGUGACCUCAGCAUUUCCUACCAUGGAAAUAAAAUGACCACAUUUCCAGUUUUCCAUGGUAUAUCAUUGACAAAUAAACUGGGAGAGAGCUUGAAAUCCGCUCUUUCGAUUUAAUCUUGAGGGCAGCGGUCUAUGUGAAAUAUCUUUUUUUAUGGUGCUUUUAAGACCCCACGUGAUUGAACAGGCCGGUGUCAUCGUGGGACUUCUGACUGCAAGUAGCCAUGUGACUUAAUUGUUACUUCUGAUUGCUAUAAUUCGGCCAUGUUAUUAUUGUUGCGAUGUCUCAUCAGUGAAACUGGUAGAAAAAUGGAACAACUAUAGUGUAACCCGAAGUCGCAAAGUAAGAAUAGCGUUUCUUCUUCACAAAUCUACUUAAGUAAAAGUAAAAAGUAUAGCGUGGAAAACUUCUUUAAAAACAUUUUUCUCAAAAAGGAACUUAAGUAAAUGUAACUGAGUAAAUGUAACACAUUCUACUCACCUCUGCCAGCGACGAAGACAUGUUAACCUAAAAGAAUGUAAACAAACAUUAACAGUUAACAGUAAGAUUCCUUUAAUCAUAGUCAAAGCGCAUUAUGAAAUAUUGUAGUUUUACAACAUUUUAUUUGUUCCAAGGGUGGCUUUUUUAGAAGUCACAAUAAAUUUUACUAUGUGAAUGUUGAAUAUACCAAAACGCAUUGAUGAAUGUGUAAGGAGCCUGGGAACUGAAUAGCUGAGUCCUGUUUUUGUAUAAAAACCUAGCGGAUGCAUAAAACUAUCUCAAGCUUCCACUGUAAAUACUUUUGGACUGAUUGAAUUAAAUUGGCUAAUUUUACAUGAUAGAAUUCUGAAAAACAUGAACCAGAUUCUUCCCCAAUGUUUGUAUUGAAUUUUUAUUCUUUUUUUGUAUCGUUUCAUUUUCUUUGAGAACAGCAGCAUAUU